CCAACUUUAUUGUUCUGUCAACAGCAACAAAGCGACGAACAACGGUCUGACGCUACAGCCUUUGAAAUGGCGUUGAUGUAGUUUAUUACGCCGUUAUUUGUAGUUAUUGUGCUCGUUUAGUCCUCUUCGAAUUUUAGUUUUCUGGUCCAAUGUAAAAUUCAUGGUCGGGCCGCUUGAUCCGUGCAAAACGGAUUUUUUUAAACAAAAAUGUGGUGAAGCAAAUAGCAUUUAAUUUACGUUGCAUAAUAAGGCCGCAGCUACCAGCGGGCUUGCGUAGGGAUUACAACGGCUUCUGAAUGCUUGGCCUUCCGCAGCGACAUGUCGGCUUCAAAGUGAAUCCCUGUGGACAUGUUCAUCAGGAAUCCUCAAGUGAAGUGAUACAUCUGCAGUUCAUUUACGCCUCAACAUCAACACCACUUCAGUUUUAAUAAAUAAUUUUAUGGUCUGAAUAGUGGUAAGCACAUAUCACUUAUACCUGCACAGAAAAGUCCCUAGUUCAGAAAAACCCAUAGGCUUAAUAUGGCAUCAGUGCCAGUGUACUGUCUGUGUCGCCUGCCAUACGAUGUGACACGCUUCAUGAUAGAGUGUGACAUCUGUCAAGACUGGUUUCAUGGAAGUUGUGUCGGAGUAGAGGAGGACAAAGCAGCUGAAAUUGACCUUUAUCACUGCCCAAACUGUCAGGUCACACAUGGGCCAUCCGUCAUGCGCAAACGCCGUGGAGGCAAUAAGCAGACAGACAGUAGUUCUGCUGGAGUACGAGAUCCAAGUCGGCCUGUCAAGACGGGCAGUGUGCAGUUUGUCAGGGAGCUGCGGAGUCGCACCUUCCCUAAUGCAGAUGAGGUCUUACUAAAGCCAUCUGGGGCCCAGUUGACGGUUGACUUUCUGGAAGAGCAUUCAUUUAGCGUCCCUGUCAUGGUUCUGAGGCGAGAUGGCUUAGGCAUGACCCUGCCUCCAGCAUCGUUUAGUGUCACCGAUGUAGAGCACUAUAUUGGUUCAGACAAAGAGAUCGAUGUUAUUGAUGUGUCUCGCCAAUGUGAUAUGAAGAUGCGGUUGGGAGACUUUGUUGAGUAUUACAACAGCCCCAACAGAGACCGAGUACUCAAUGUUAUCAGCCUGGAGUUUUCUGAGACCAGGCUUUCAAAUUUGGUGGAAACUCCAAAGAUUGUGAGAAAACUGUCAUGGGUGGAAAACCUUUGGCCUGAAGAGUCUGUUUUUGAACGCCCCAAUGUGCAGAAGUACUGCCUAAUGGGGGUGAAGGAUAGCUACACAGACUUUCACAUCGACUUUGGAGGGACCUCAGUAUGGUACCAUGUCCUGAGAGGCGAAAAAAUCUUUUACCUGAUUUCACCAACUCAAGCUAACUUGGCCCUUUUUGAGCGGUGGAGUUCCUCAUCUAACCAGAAUGAGAUGUUCUUUGGAGACCAGGUUGAUAUGUGCUAUAAAUGCUCUGUCAAACAAGGAAACACCUUGUUCAUCCCAACAGGGUGGAUUCAUGCUGUACUGACCCCAGUAGACUGCCUGGCUUUUGGAGGAAAUUUCUUGCACAGUCUCAACAUUGACAUGCAACUGCGGGCCUAUGAAAUAGAAAAGAGAUUAAGCACAGCAGAUUUGUUCAAGUUUCCCAACUUUGAGACUGUGUGCUGGUAUGUUGGAAAGCACCUUCUUGAUACCUUCAGAGGUCUUCGUGAAAACCGCAGACAUCCUGCAACAUACCUGGUUCAUGGGGCAAAGGCUUUGAACAAUGCCUUCCGCAGCUGGACCAAAAAAGAGGCAUUAGCUGAACAUGAAGUGGAAAUUCCAGAAACCAUCAAUACUCAAAUACUUGUAAAGGACCUCGCCAAGGAGAUUCGUCUGGUUGAGGACAUCUUUCAGCAAAACAUCGGCCGCACUGGAGCUCAGUUUCCUGGUUCCCCACUCUCUAAAGCUCCCCUGACCAACUCUCAGAACUCGGGGCGCCCCCCUGGAAAGAAGAAGGGACCAAAGCCCAAGGAGGUCUUAGGGGGUCUUGGGCCCCCUGGAACUAAGAAGAAGAAUCAGAAGGGGAUGCUUAAGGCAGAAGCAGGAGAACUGGACCUCAUAGAGAUCCACACCAAACAUACGCUCAAAAAAUUUCAACCUGGCAAAUCCAAAAACGAGAGCAAGUUGGAGCUGCCUGUAGACGAGUUUGAAGGGAAGCUUAAUAAAAGCAAACUGAAACUCGUCCUGACCAAUGGAAAAAUCCAAGGUAAGAAGGAUGGCAGCAGUAACGGUGCAGGAAGCGCUGCUAACUACAAACAUCUUGCCAUGGAGGGGUCUAGUCUGUCUGACUUGGAGUCUGAAGAUGAGCUGCAGAUUGAUGAGACUCCUCCUCCACGACGCAAACCUGCAGGAGCAAACAAGAAGAAGAAACUGAGUGGUCUUCCAAGGAAGUUGCCAAGAGCCAAACCCUGCUCCGACCCCAACCGCAUCAGGGAGCCUGGCGAGGUAGACUUUGACAUUGAGGAGGAUUAUACGACAGAUGAAGAGGCACUUGCUGCUCAUGGAGUGAAGGGUGGAGCAGGGGGAAUUCUGGACUUGUUGAAGGCCAGCAAGCAAGUUGCAGGCCUGGACUCAGCAGCACUUAGUGAGGAAGCCCCAGCCUCUCCCAGUACCCGUGAUGCUAUUCAGGGUAUGCUGUCCAUGGCCAACCCUCCCUCUUCAUCCUCAUCUUCCUCGUCUUCAUCUCCUCUAUCUAUAUCUGGAGGCCUGACAGAGGGGUUAGGGAAAAUCAAGGAGAAAGGUGGCAGAGCUGUAUGGGUCACUGGUGGGGUCAAGAAGACAGGAAAUACUGAGAAGAUGCCGGUCAUACAGCGACCGGGGAAACGGCCAAUUAAACGGCCAGCCCGUCACCUGAGCGAUGAGGAGAGUCCAGAUGAGCAAGAGACACUGGGAACCUGUUUUAAGGAUUCUGACUAUGUUUACCCGUCCCUGGAAUCAGAUGAGGAGGACCACGUUAUCAAAGCUAAGAUGAAGCGAAAGAAAAACUGGGAUGACACUCCAUGGAGCCCAAAAGCCAGGGUGAUGCCAACCCUCCCUAAACAGGAUCGUCCAGCCAGGGAGGGGGCCAGAGUGGCAUCAGUAGAAACUGGUCUUGCUGCAGCUGCUGCCAAGUUGGCACAACAAGAGCAGAAAAAACCUGCAAAAAGAAAGUACACAAAAAAGCAGCGUCCUCCUGCUCCUGUCAUCGCUCCUCCCCCUGUUCAGACUGAGCCAGCCCCACCCUCUCCACCACCUGCUUCAGAGACUGCAGCAGACUUCAGCCCAGACAGGAGGAUGGAUUAUUACUCCGCUAGUCUAUUGGACCAUGAGUAUACAGCAGGGCCAGGACCUUUUGGUCCUGGAGGCCCUCGGGGCAGCGGAGCCAUGGCCCCUGGUGUAUUCCUCACUUCACGCCGCCCUUCACUGUCCCCACAAAACAGCAGCUCUCACUCCAGUGCAUCCCCUGCUGGCUUAGCCAGCCAAGGCAUGACAGGAGUUGGUCAAGGGAAACGUCCAAAGAAAGGACUUGCAACUGCAAAACAGAGACUUGGAAAAAUCUUAAAAAUUCAUCGCAAUGGAAAGCUUCUCUUGUGAGAAACAUUGGAAAGGGGGCUGCAUUUUUUAAAAUUGGAAUUAAAAAAGACUUUGCAAAAGGUAAUCUAAAGGAAAUAGAGAUAGCAAUUUAUAUUUUGUACUCAAGAUGAAUUUGUUUAUUGUAUUCACCUGUUUUUUGAAACUCUCUUGAACAUGUCCUGCAUAUAUAACCAUGCAAGCUUUGUUAAUGGCCUGUUUGGAACGCCACCUCGCCAUACUGACUAAAAUUGACUGUAGUGUGCUGGAUGCACAAUUGGGAAAUAAGUUUAAGUGAUUUGUUGCUACAUGAAAUUGGCAGUGGAUAUGUUGUACAUAUUUUAAAAUGCCAUGAGGAAAUCGGUUUGAAUGGAUUCAUUUUUUUUCUUUAAUUAGAGGUGUUAUUAGUUACCCUAUUCACGCAAAAACAACAAGAACAACAUAUUUUUUUAAAGGGAAAUUGAAAUAACACAUUUUCUAGUCAGGUAAAAAGUUCUGAAUUUAUAUAUCCCUCAUACUGUCAUGUAGAUAUAGUUUUGUAUUCAGUCUUUACCUCAUAGAACACAUUAUUGUGGUAUGACAAUAACAGGGCAACAAUCUUUACACCCACUCGCUUUUUUGCAGAAAUUAAUACUAACACAUUAGCUUAUCUUCGAGUUUGCCACACGCAUUCAUUUUUUUGAGGAAUUUAUCACUAUUUUCCAUCAGACAUACUUUCCAUCAUAAACUGUAGCUUCACAUUCAAAAAAGAAAAUGCACAACUGAUGCCAAGAGUACCAUUGCGUGAUUCUAUUUAUUCUGAACAUAUUUAUUCAGCAUGGCAGCACUUUGCCAUCUUUGAGCCUGUUUCACUUAGAAUGUUUUUACCACCUCAUCUUCUGUGUCCCUUCUUUAUUUUGUUUCAACAUCUUAAUAUAUAUAUAUAUGAAAGUUCCAGCCAUUACUUUGAAUUUUGACAAUUUCAGUUGUCUCUGUAAAUAUCUGUAAUAUUUGUAAUUUAUAUAGUUACACUGAAAGAGCAGAAAGUAUUGAGAUGAAGUGACUAGUUUACUGCAAGAUGCCAUAAUUUGUGUCCCAGGUGUUGGCAGUUUUCUUGGGACAGAUGUAGAGAUAUGCUUUCUUACCACAGAAUGUACUUGUGAUAACAAUUUGUCAGAAGUGUAGAUUUAACCAUGUGACAACAUUGUGAAGGUGCAGGAUAUUAAUUAAUAUGUAAAUAUAUGUUGUAAUUUAAGUUCUUUUAUAGUUCAAAAUCUUGGAGAUCUUUCUUAAAAUAACUUGUACAUGAUACAUUGCUGUAUUUGGAAAAUAUCUGACAUAGUUCAUUUUUUAUAUUUGUACGCAGUAAUGUCAUGCAUAGUUUGUCAAGUUGUCUUGUUCAUGUAAUAGUGGCAGUGUUAUGGAAAAUGCCUCUGUUUUAUUUCAUCCAUUAAGUUUUUUUUUAUCAAUUAAUGUUGAUAUUCACUCUUGUGUUAGUGUGUACUGUGUGUUUUAAAAAUGACAUGUUUAAAUACAACAUGAAAAAAGAUAAAAUAUACCUUUGGCAAAAUUGGUUUGUUAUUGACUUUAUUACAUGAUCACUGAAUCACUGCAACCAAUAGUGUGUUCUACAAUAGUUCUACACUACUUGUUUCUGCCUUCUUUUAAUCUACAGUAUAGCACAGCCUUUACUAAAGUUGUGUUACAGAAUUUUUGUAUUAAGAUAUUGUUAUUUAUCUUUGUAGGAAACACACCUGUGAUGCUUGAUUUGCUUAAAUGAACCUAAAA